GCAAUUCUCCUCCCAAUCUUUGCGGCGCUGAGCAUCGCCAUAGUCUAUGUUCCGUUCGUCCUCCUCCUCCGAGUCAAGAAGGUUGCGGCAUGCACCAUGGUCAUUGUGGUUGCUGUCGUCAACUUCCUUACGUUUAUCAAUGCCAUUCUCUGGCCAAACGACAACAUCGCAGCAUGGUUCACUGGCGUCGGCGUCUGUGAUAUAGAGGUUCAGAUCAGGACCCCUAUGUCCACCUUACUCGCAACUUCGAUGGCUUACCUCACCAAGGAUCUGGCCAUGGCCAUGGAUACCGACAAUCCUCGACUCGUUGAAUCUAGAGCGCAGAGACGCAGGAGACUCUGGGUGGAGUUGACCUUCUGCUUCGCGAUCCCAAUUCUCCAGAUGGCUCUGUACUACAUCGUCCAAGCAAACCGAUUCGCCAUUGUCACCGUUUACGGUUGCGUAGACUCUGUUGAUAGCAGCUGGCCCACUGUUGUCAUCCGCGCCAUCUGGCCUCCUUUAUUUGCUCUUCUCAACUGCUAUUAUGCGAUUCUCGUGAUCUACCGUCUGUACAAGCACCGCGGUAUGCUUUCCAAGACCCUCUCAAGCACCGGCUCCGGCCUCAGCGCCCAAAGAUUCCUCAAGCUUUUCUUCAUGGCCAGCUCCUUCCUCCUCAUCUACCUCCCCGUCACCCUCUACUUCUUCUACCUCAACCUCCCCAUCCCCUUCACGCCCUAUUCCUGGUCGCGCCUGCACGCCCCGGAAUCCUGGGACCCCAUCGUCUUCUACACCACCGCCACCUUCCCGCGCACCCAGUACAACGGCUGGGUCGGUGUCGCCAUGGGUUUCCUCUGCUUCAUCUUCUACGGUAUGAACAACGAAGCCAUCGACAUCUACAAAAGCUGGUCCAUCAAACUCGGCUUUGCAACUCUCUUCCCUCGUCUC